GGAAACAAGAAAGGGCGGCGUAUCGUAAUGAAGAGACUUCGAUAGAGUAGAACGCCCCCGGCACAAGCCUAUUCUUCGACGCGUACAACUGCCCCGAAGAUGGUGCUUGCAAACCAGCAAUACACGUUGGUAGGCUUCACGGAAGAUUUAGACUGGAAUCCACUGCAGUUUGUGAAUGCCCUUCCCAAAAAUAGGCUUUGCAGCCUAUGCGGACUGGUACGCAAGACAACCGCUCUUCUGCCAUGCGGCCACGUAGCGUGUUCUUCCUGCUACGAACAGUGCAAGGUGGCUGACGGACACGUUUGUCCGAUUGAUGGACAAAACUGCCUGGAAGAAGACGUCGAGUGGAGAGAUUUCCCUGCUGAAAAUCUGCUGAAUAGAGAGGUUCAAUGCUGGAACCAGCAACAUGGUUGCACACUCAUGAUGGCUGCCUCAGAAGUCCACAAGCACUUCCACCGGGAAUGUCAGUACCACAUCACAACCUGCCCAAGAUGCUCGGCGACGGUUUUGUGCCGUGACAUGGGCGAACAUGCAAGAGCUUCAUGCAAUGACCAUGCAGCACCUCAAGAAAUGAAGUGCGAGGAAAAGCCGGGCCACGCUAUGGUGACCGAAAUCCUCGAAGGUGUCAGGAGAGCACUGCAAGAACAGGCGCACGAAAUGAAGGAGCAUCUAGAGCGAGUAUGUGGGGAAAACGGCACCCUUCACAGCAGGCUAAUUGAGGUUUCUCAAAGUGUUAACUCUCUCAAGGAAUUGGUGGGGCAAGGUAUUGCUCCUUUGGGAGAACUCAGUGGCGCGGCACAUCACUUGUUGAAUGGCGUCAACACACUACGUGAUGUGGUCAGCGGUGGAAUGAGCGCAAUAAAAAAGCAAAAUGGACAGCUUAAUCAAGUUAGAGUGGCAAUCGAAGGUGUGAAAAAAGAUGCAGGUGCAAGUACGAAGAGAAUGCUUGAGAUGCAGGAGAGAGCUCUCGCACACGCUGAUAGAAAUGAAACGCGUUGUGACUUCAUCGUUCCAGUAAUAGGUUGGCUUCAAGCUAAGGCGUUGAAAGACGGCGCGAGCGAAUAUGUCCACAAAAAACGGGUAUAUCUUCGUGGUUACAACAUAUCACCUGGCGUUAUGCUGAAAAAAAGUGGAGAAAACGUGUUACUUGGGAUGAGGCUUAAACUAAACAAAGGUGAUUAUGACGAUCACAUUGCAUGGCCAUUUCAGCACAAAAUACGUUUUACUAUCUUACAUCCUGACAAGGGCGAAGAUAAAGAGGUAGUACACAACUCGUGCCGCACUAUGAAAGCGCUUGAGAAGUCAGCUUUAGCAAAUAACCAAUUCGCUUGGUUUGAGGCAUUUGAUCUAGGAGACCUGAAAAAAGACGGAUAUGUCCACAACGAAACUUUGCGCAUCACGUGGGAGGUCCUUUGAUUGUCACUAGAAAGAAUCGCAGAGUUUGAGGUUGAAAUUAUGUACAGCGUACAAAGAGUGGCCUAAUACGCAUCGUUAUUUGUGAUAUAUCUGCAUGACUUACUUCCUUUUAGCGGUUGAGCACAAAAACGUGACAUUUGGCAAAAUUUUUCGAAGUUGGGAUCUGUGAGAGGCUCUGAGUAACACGCAGUUCUUACUACUUUUAUUUACUACUUUUAUUUUUAUUUACUACUUUUAUUUAAAUACAACACAGAUGGUUGAUGCUUUAUUUAAGAGAUCUAAAUAUUACGCACCGCCUAUACCUAAGUGUACACGAUGGGACUGGGUAUUUCAGAUGGACCGAUUUGCUGGUCAUGGUUAGCAUUUUAACUAUGAGUACUCUCAACUAAAAUGAAAAAAAAAAAACAUUUGAUGUACAGUAAUAUUCUGUGUAUCUAUUGUGGCUCUGUGCUGCCAAAUCAUACUACCUUUUGGGGGUGGUCGCAUUUAAUUUCCAUUUACUUUUCGCAUUGUUUUUGUAGAAUAGUAGCUUUCUUUCUAGCCGUUCGCCCACUACGCUUGCAUCUUCACUCUUCACAUGAAUGAUAUCUUGGUUUAUACAAGUAGGCAUUGCGUAUAUGACUAUAUAUCUAUAAUAUUUUACUGACAAGUAGUCUUUCAGUAGGUUGUGUAAGUUACGCUUCCCUGUAUUCACGAGCUAAUCACACCUUGUGUCUUAUGCCUGUGUAAUUGUUUCUGCAAGACGGAAUAAUAAGUGUGAGAGGU